GGCAGCAGCAGCAGAUGUUAGCCUAUGAUGUUAGCGCCUGUUGCAUGGAUGUAUUAAGCAUAGAUAGUUAAGGUAUUAAGAGAACUGUUGCCCCGCUGUCAGCUAUCUUUAGCACCUGUGUAGCCCCGCUGUCAGCUAACGUUACCGCCUGUAGCUCCGCAAUUACAUGAGUAGCCUAAUGGAGAAAGGGUUCCGUCAGUGGAAGGAGCAGUGUCUGAACAAGCUGGACCUGAGUAAGAAGGGACAGGUGGAUGAGGACAUAGCACAUGUGGUGACCCUGCUCAACAGCUGUGAGCAAUACUUCACCACCAGCUCGUGCUCCGGCAGAAUCAUCCUCACCGACGGGGCUCAGAAACACGGCUGCGUUUGGCUGUUUGUCUCACACCAGCAAUGCAAAUCUGAAGACCUGGUGAGCGCUGUGGCCCGCUCCAGUGGAGAUGCAGUGUUGAAGUUUGAGCCCUUCGUGCUCCAUGUUCAGUGCAGACGGCUGGAGGACGCUCAGCUCACGCACUCAGUGGCCAUCAACUCGGGCUUCAGGAACUCUGGUCUCACUGUCAGCAAGACAGGGAAAAUCAUCACGGCGGUCCGCAGCACCCACGGCUUAGAGGUUCCUCUCAGCCACCAAGGAAAGCUCCUGGUAGAACAGGAGUACAUCUGUUUCCUGACUCACAUAGCCAAUAAGAAGAUGGAGGAGAACCUCAGACGGAUCCACAGAUUCUACCAGAAUCUGCAGUCAGCCCUGGACACAGACAAACUCCCAGCAGAACCACAAACACACCACCACAGUCAGGAGACGAAGAACCAAACAAGUGUGUAUAAACGGAGGCGGAAGAGAGAACAGCAGCCUGGGACUGACUGUUGCCAUGGUGAGGGCUCCAGCAUUGAGCCGGAGCUGAACGACUGCUUGGACCUGUUCACAUGAAGACAUUGAACUGGAGAAUGGGGUUGCUCUAUUCUGAAUGUCUCAAUGAAUCACUUUCAUUUCAGCAAGCUGAAUCACCAUGGUAACCUACACUGCCACCUACGUCCACCUGCUCUGGAGCGGGUUUAAGUCCAUAGAGUCCAUACUUAAGAUGGCCGCCGCGUCUCCACUUCCUCCUGCUGUACAAUGUGGAGCCAAAAUCUCCCGGAUACAGGCUCCAUCUUGAGUCUGCGCAGUAGUGAUCG